CCUCAUUUUACAACUAUUAAAAAAUAAAAAUAAAAAUAAAACUUACCUUUUUCGCCACCUUUCUUCUCACUUUAGUCCAAACCGAGGAGCAGCAUAUUGUUAUAAUGGAUCUCCGCCCGGAUUAUUCUUUCCCUUGGACUCGCGUCGCCCGAACUAGGAACCGCCGGUGCUUACAGUCAGCUCCGUCGUCAAUCAUGAGUCUGAAUUCUGGCCAAGUCCUGGGUCGCCGAUACGAAGAAGGCUUCCUGCUUAGGCUUGGACCCGGCUGCGGAGGAGGAUCCUUUUCCCUGAGUCAGCGGCCGGUGUUUUAGGCGGAGCUUCAUGGUGGGCUUUUCCCUGAGUCCAUUAUAACAAUAUGCUGCUGCCUAGUUUGGACUAAAGUGAGAAGGAGGGUGGCGAAAAAGGUAAGUUUUAUUUUUAUUUUUAUUUUUUAAUAGUUGUAAAAUGAGG